AUGUUCCGGAACAACUAUGAUAACGAUGCGGUUACCUUCUCCCCACAGGGUCGGAUAUUUCAAGUAGAAUAUGCGCAAGAAGCCGUCAAACAGGGAUCCGUCGUAGUGGGGCUGGUUAACAAGACACAUGCCGUUCUGGUCGGCCUAAAGCGAAAUGCCGAAGAGCUCUCGUCGUACCAGAAGAAGAUUAUCGAAAUCGACUCCCACAUGGGCAUCGCUAUCGCCGGUCUUGCAUCUGACGCUCGUGUGCUCUCUAACUACAUGAAGCAGCAGUCACUCGGUUCCAGAAUGACUUACGGUCGACCAAUCCCCGUGGACCGCAUCGUUACUCAGAUCGCUGACCGCGCUCAAACAAACACCCAGCAUUACGGUAAACGGCCGUACGGUGUCGGCCUGCUCGUCGCUGGCGUUGACGAAGCUGGGCCCCAUCUAUUCGAGUUCCAACCAUCCGGUAUGAUCCAUGAAAUGUUGGCCUGCGCCAUCGGAGCUCGUUCGCAGAUGGCCCGGACUUAUUUGGAGCGGAACCUGGACAAGAUUACAAACAGUACCCGUGAUGAGCUCAUCACCCAUGGUCUCCGUGCACUCAAGGAGACUUUGUCCCAGGACAAGGAACUGACUGUUGAUAAUACUUCUGUCGGUGUGGUGGGUCUUGCCGGAGAGGAAGGAAAGGGAAAGAUUGAGAGCUUCAAGCUUUAUGAAGGUCAACAACUCGUACCGCUGCUAGAGGCUCUGGAGUCGGGAGAGACGAAAGAAGAGGAGACGAUGGAGGUCGAUCCGUAG